UAGCUGCAACGCACCGUCUGGCACCGUCAAACUCGGGCAUUCGGUGGUUCAUUCAGUAGGGAAACAUGGCUGACACCAGAGAGAAGGGCUUGCAAGACUACAGGAAAAAAUUGUUGGAACACAAGGAAAUUGAUGGACGUUUAAAAGAAUUGAGGGAACAGCUGAAAGAGCUGACAAAGCAGUACGAAAAGUCUGAGAAUGACCUAAAGGCCCUCCAGAGUGUUGGACAGAUUGUUGGUGAGGUUCUCAAACAACUAACUGAAGAAAAAUUCAUUGUCAAGGCAACCAAUGGGCCUCGUUAUGUGGUGGGCUGCCGCAGACAGCUGGAUAAAACUAAGCUUAAACCUGGCACUAGAGUGGCCCUGGACAUGACCACACUGACCAUCAUGAGGUACCUUCCCCGAGAGGUGGAUCCUCUUGUGUACAACAUGUCUCACGAAGACCCAGGCAGCGUCUCAUACUCAGAGAUCGGCGGGCUCUCUGAGCAGAUCAGAGAACUUAGAGAGGUGAUUGAGCUGCCUCUGACCAAUCCUGAGCUUUUCCAGAGGGUGGGCAUCAUCCCUCCCAAAGGCUGUCUGCUCUAUGGGCCCCCAGGUACGGGCAAGACCCUUUUGGCCCGAGCCGUGGCCAGUCAGCUUGACUGCAACUUCCUCAAGGUGGUGUCCAGUUCCAUCGUUGACAAGUACAUUGGUGAGAGUGCCCGUCUCAUCAGGGAGAUGUUCAACUAUGCUAGGGACCACCAGCCUUGCAUCAUCUUCAUGGAUGAGAUUGAUGCCAUUGGGGGUCGUCGGUUCUCGGAAGGAACAUCUGCUGACAGGGAGAUUCAGAGGACACUGAUGGAGCUGCUGAAUCAGAUGGACGGUUUUGACACCCUGCACAGGGUCAAGAUGAUCAUGGCUACCAACCGGCCAGACACCCUGGACCCUGCUCUGCUGCGCCCUGGAAGGCUGGACAGGAAGAUUCACAUUGAACUUCCCAAUGAGCAGGCUCGUUUGGACAUCCUGAAGAUCCACUCUGGUCCCAUCACCAAGCAUGGAGAGAUAGAUUAUGAAGCCAUUGUGAAGCUCUCCGAUGGAUUCAAUGGAGCUGACUUGAGAAAUGUGUGCACUGAAGCAGGUAUGUUUGCAAUCCGUGCAGACCACGAGUACGUCACUCAAGAGGACUUCAUGAAGGCUGUGCGCAAGGUGGCCGACUCCAAGAAACUGGAGUCCAAGCUGGACUACAAGCCUGUAUAGAAAACCCCAUUUUUGUCCAAACACCUGAAGAAAACCUUGAUUGAGUUGCCAGAGUUGUACUGUAUCAUAUAACUCCUUUAUAUCACCAUCAGAGAUCUAUAUUGAUCCAGUGUUUUUUGUUUUGUUUAUUGUUUUUUUCUCUUUUUUUUUGUUACUUCAAAUUUUGGCAUUUUGUUUCUGAUUCGUUUAGAUUGUUAAACGGUAGGCAUCAUCCUCUGUGACCCCAGUUUAGUCAGCUGUAGAGACGCUGUUUCUGCAGUUACCGUCAAGUGACCUCAUGCAGUAGCAGAUACAUGCUAAUGGAUUGAUAUUCACUUAUUAUUAUAUUAUUACUAUUAUUUUGCCCAUGGGCCAAGUAUUUAGAGCUCUUCUAUUAUAUCCACAAAAAAUGUAAAACCUUUACCCUUUCAGCAUAUAAAAAACAGUGUGCCUGGCUUGCGUCUUACCAUGUCAUUAAAAGUUUGUGAUACUGGAAA